UGGACUAUUUGUUUGCCUGCAACGAUAUGUUGGUGUUUGUGAGGAUCAUGUACGCGGUUACACUGAGAGAACUGCCCGUCUGGGUCUGCUUUGGUUCAAGCAAACCAAAAAGCGACUGUCCGAUUCCGAUGAACCGAAAGACAAAGUAACAAAGCUGGCGAUUGGUGUGGAAGGUGGCUUCUGCUCAGGGCCAAAAUAUGAAAUUGAAAAUGAAUAUGCCAUUGUGGUGCAUCCUCAUUUCAAGACGAAAUAUAGCAUUAACAGGUUUUUUACUCGCUUUUCAGACUGUUGCAUAAAUACUAUGCUGAAAAAAGGGGGUUUGGUAACUAAUUUCCCGCAUACAAUCUGUCCCAUUACAUCAAAUAACCCGCAAGUCUUGCAUUGUACGAGCACAUCGCCAAGUUCUCUCUCUGCUAAUGUUUGGCCCCGUACCUACUAG